AUGUUGGCCAGAGGCUCUAAAUCCAUACGAAUCUUGGGAUUCAGAUGGAACUCUACGUCGAAUGCCAGCGCCAAAUAUCUCUCUCCUGCGGAGCUCAUUGAAAAGAAGAAGGCAGAUGCAUUGGCAGAACAAGAGUACAAGCAGGAUCUUUUGAGUGAAAAAUUCACAUACUCCCCACAGAUCUUGAGCAAGGAAGCCAUAGACCCAGUCUCUAAGAGACCUAUCCCAUUAAAUGUAGAACUUUUGAAGUACAAGGCCAUCAAGUUACCCAAGACACACGGCCACAAAGUAGCCCUGAUUACGUUCAAGGGAUUCGACCCAAAGGAGCUUGACCAUGCCGCAGAGUUCGCAGCUAGAGCAGCCUUCUAUUUGGGCAUUCCAUGUGGAGAGCCUUCACCACAGAGAGUUCAGGAAAAGCUUAUCACCGUGAUCCGUUCUCCCUUCGCUCAAGCUAAAUCCAAGGAGAAUUUCAAGAAGUACACCUAUGGAAGAAACAUUGUUGCGUACGAUGCCAAUCCUGAAGUCGUGGAUACAUGGCUUUCCUUCAUAAAUAAGCACAAAUUUGAUGAUAUCAAAUAUAAGGCAUUUGUUUACACCAGAGAAUCGGGCGACUUCGUAAAGGAAUUAGAUGCCUUGACCGCUGGUGAUUUGGAGCUUCCAGACUCAUACGCAGGUGCUGCUGACCCAGUGUCACAGAAGGUUGCUGAAUUGUUGAAAUCUGAAGAAUUCAAGAAAUUCUUCGACGAGGAACAACCUGAACAAGCACCAAAAUCGGAAAAAUCUGCCUAG